AUGAGUCCACCACAACGCUCCGCUGCACCCGCCGCGGCGCUGCUCGCGCUGACGGUGGCACUGGCCGCCGCGUGCGUCGCCGCGGCGGCGCCGCUGGAGCGGGCAGACGAGGAGCUGCGGCGGCUCUACGAGGCGUGGAAGUCGAAGCACGGCCGGCCGCUCUGCGACGUCAGCUCCGACCGCCUGCGCCUGGAGGUGUUCCGCGACAACCUGCGGUACAUUGACGCGCACAACGCGGAGGCGGACGCGGGGCUGCACACCUUCCGCCUCGGCCUCACCCCCUUCGCGGACCUCACCCUGGAGGAGUUCCGCGCCCGCGCCCUCGGCUUCCGCAACUCCACUAAUAAGCGCCGGGUCGCGAGCAACCGCUACCUGCCGCACGACGACGACGACCUCGCCGACGUCGUCGACUGGCGCCUGCGUGGCGCUGUCACCGGGGUCAAGAACCAACAGAAAUGCGAUGCAUGCAGGUGGGUGGCUGGGUGCUGGGCGUUCUCGGCGGUGGCAGCCAUGGAAGGGAUCAACAAGAUCGCGACAGGCGACCUCGUGUCGCUGUCGGAGCAGGAGCUGAUUGACUGCGACACCCAGGACAGCGGCUGCAACGGCGGGCAGAUGGACAACGCUUUCCAGUUCGUCAUCAACAACGGCAGCAUUGACACCGAGGCCGACUAUCCCUUCAUCGGAACUGACAUGGCUUGUGAUGCCAUCCGGGAAAAGAGAAAGGUUGUGUCCAUAGAUUCAUACGAGAAUGUGCCGGCCAACAACGAGAAGGCGCUGCAGAAGGCGGUGGCAAACCAGCCUGUUAGCGUCGCCAUUGAUGCUGGCGGUCUUGCGUUCCAGCUCUACAGCUCGAGCAUCUUCAGCGGGAUCUGCGGGUUGAAGCUGGACCACGGCGUGACGGCGGUGGGCUACGGCAGCGAGAACGGCGAGGACUUCUGGAUCGUGAAGAACUCGUGGGGACCCGAGUGGGGGGAGGGCGGCUACAUCCGCAUGGCGCGCAACGUGCUUCUGCCCAUGGGCAAGUGUGGCAUCGCCAUGGACGCGUCGUACCCUGUGAAGAAUGGCCCCAACCCGACGGCUGAGCCGGCGAUCAAGAUGGUUCCUGCUUAG